UCCCCCUCGAUGAGCUCGAUCGGAGCGGCAUGAAGGGCUCGUGAAACGCCCCACUUUCAUAUGUGAGGAAAGAAGAGAUUGGGAAAAUGAUCCAGGGGAUAUUCUACGCCCGCUUCUUUCCCCAGGAAGGGACCAAGAUUGUGGCCCAGAGCCCGCCAGGCUGCAUCGUCCCUGAUCCCGAUGCCCCGACGACGAAGCCGCCGCUGUUCGACUACAGCGUGCUGCAGGAGUACAUCAUCCCGCGCCAGGCCUUCUGCAACCGUUACAUCACCGUCGCCGACCCCGAAGGCAAGUACUUUGUCCUCGGCUUUCCCGUCUCCAUCCCCAGCCCCCGGUACGACCGCAACGAGUUCAUCUUCAACUUCGGCCUCGUCGUCGACCAUGACGUCGACCAGGUCCCCUACGAGCGCGUCGUCCGCCGGCUGGCCGUCACCUUUGCCGAGAUGGAGAAGCAGAGCGGCUUCCUCAGCCAGGACGCCGACGCUUCUGGUACCCGCCGCCCGAUCGGGUCGUUGCUGGAGAUCAUCAAAGAGGACCUCAACAACUACGGCGAGUGCAUGAUCCCAGUCGACGAUGCCAACACGAUCAAUAUGAAGCUCUUCCCAUACCAUCCCACACCCCCGGAAGUCAAAGGCUGGCACGUACCCGUGGCCAAGAUGAAGUUCGAUGAGGUGGUCGACUCGACCUGGGACCUGACGCUGCAGCGCGUCGUCAAGCACAUCGACGGCGUCUCGGACGUGCGGCGCAUCGCCAUCCUCGCCGACGUCUCUCUCGAGCUGACGCAGCUGGCCCUGCGCCACCUGCUCUACUACGACACCAUCCUGCUGCUCGACAUGUUCUUCUUCGGCGCCUGCUACGCGCCACGGCCCGGCAUCCACGACUUCAUCGCGAACGUCGACGGCAUGGUCGACGAGUGCGCCAACUACGUCUGCGUCGGCCUCGGCAGCGCCGCCUACCAACAGCAGCAGCAGCAGCAGCAGCAGCAGCAUCAGCAACAAUCCGCAACCCGACCGGGCGGGUCCGUCCGGCGGGACGACCCCGCGGUCACCACCACCACCACCACCACCAUCACCACCACCUCCACCAAAACCACCACCAUCACCACCACCAUCACCACCUUCAUCAUCAUCAUCAUCAUCAACAUCAACAUCAACCCCACCAUCAUCACCCCAACCAGCCCUACCGCGUCUCCAACUACAUGCUCAUCAAGCUCAUGACGACCUUUUGCGUGGGCAAGACGGUGAUGGAGUGGCUCAAGGGCCACAUGGACGCGGGCUUCGACGUGCUGCGGUACGUCGACGUGCGGCGGCUGGUCCAGUUCGGCGUCAUCAAGGGGUGCCUGUACCGCGUGCACAAGUACGUCGUGUCCAAGCAGUACCUGGCGGCGCUGGCGACCGGCCAGGCCCGGCCCGUCGCCGGCGGCGACCCGCUGCAAAAGUACACCGACGGCGCCCACCCUUUCGACCAGAUCAUCACGGAGCAGAACCUGACCGACGCCGAGAUCAUGGAGAAGCUCAAGAGCUUCCCCGCCCCUGCGGGCGACCUGACCGUCUUGUAUAGGUGACGGGGGAGCCG